AUGCGCUGGAGGGAGGCAGCUGUCUUCAAAGAGCAGUGCAGAGCUGCCAGCCGCUCCCUGUCGAGCGCAUCGGCUGCCUGUGCCCCUCAGCGGGGCAGUUCGAGGAUUUUCAAUCAAAAUGAUUUCAAAUUAUGGGGGAACAUCAUUGUCUAUGGGAAUACAAUUGACAUUUACACCACGGUAGAAACCCUCUUAUCUCUUGGAAUUGAUGGUUCCCGCAUCCAUCUCGUACAGCCUCCACUCAGCUCAAAUGUUACUUGCCUUAACAACAACGAAAUCGAAAGUGCUGUUCAGGAAGCACUGUCAAAGGCUGGCGUGUCUGUUUAUGAUGACAGUAUCCUGGCACAGUGGAACGAAGGCGACGACCCAGACCUUAUCACAUGUGCUGCUUUCACUACUAAUACAAAACCAUUUAAAUUGCAGUGUUCAGCAUUUUUUAGCUUUGCCUACAGGACAGUGGAUUAUGAAACCUUUAAGGCAAUUAAUGAUGCUUGCCUUGUUUUUGAUGGAAGACUUGUGAUAGAUACCGAAUUCCGUACUAAUGAUGUCAGUAUCAGGGCUGCAGGUCCUUUAACAAAGUACUCCAGGAGAUAUUACGUAGGUGAAUGGACACACAGCAACUUCAAUUCAAAAGAGAUUGGCUUUGAGCUUGCUGCAUCUCUGCUGCAUCUCUUUGAUCCAACCCCUAAGCCCUUCUCUAAGCCACCAGAAGACACAGACAGACUCAUCCCCAUGUACAAAGGAUGUAAAAUUAAAGAAGGUGUUCUUCCUGGAGGUUAUAAUUACUUGCAUAUUUCCAAACCAGAAAUCCCCAUCCGCUUGGACUUAGAACUUGCACUGUGUGAUCAC